UUACGCGCGGCCCGCUUCCGGCGUGCGAGUCUCCGAGGCCGCUUGUCUUCCGUAUCUCUUUUCCCUGGUCUCCGGUGUCUUCUCACUGCGCGGCCACGGCGUCGCCGGAAGGGUGCUUUCCCCGCCCUUGCGUCGAGUUGCAGCGACCCGGCAGGGCCGCCAAGGGCCACGUGGCGCCGGUGAGGCGGCCCCAGCCGGCCAGGGGUUUCCCGCGCGCGCAGCCUGGCAGCCCGGCGCUCUUCGCUGUUCCCGGCCCGUCCGGGGGUCCCCGAUUCCCCCCUGGGCAAGCGUGGCCUCCGAGGGCAUGAGGUCCGGGCCCAGCGCUUUCGGUUCUUGGAGGAGCCUGGCCUGGGGGCCGAGGGGGCCGUACUGGAGGUCAGCGUCCCGCAGGUGCUGCAUCUGCAGUAUGGAAUGUAUGUUUGGCCCUGUGCGGUGGUCCUGGCUCAGUACCUGUGGUUUCACAGAAGAUCUCUGCCGGGCAAGGCUGUCUUAGAGAUUGGAGCUGGAGUGAGCCUUCCAGGAAUUAUGGCUGCAAAAUGCGGUGCUGAAGUGAUCUUGUCAGACAGUUCAGAGCUGCCUUACUGUCUAGAAAUCUGUCGGAAAAGCUGUGAAAUGAAUAACCUGCCACAGGUGCGUGUCGUAGGACUGACAUGGGGACAUGUAUCUCAGGAUCUUCUGGCUCUACCACCUCAAGAUAUUAUUCUUGCAUCUGAUGUGUUCUUUGAACCAGAAGAUUUUGAAGACAUCUUAACUACAGUCUACUUUUUGAUGGAAAAAAACCCCAAAGUCCAAUUGUGGUCCACCUACCAGGUAAGAAGUGCUGACUGGUCACUUGAAGCUUUGCUCUACAAGUGGGAUAUGAAAUGUGUCCACAUUCCUCUGGAGUCUUUUGAUGCAGACAAAGAAGAUAUAGCAGAAUCUGCCCUCCCAGGAAGACAUACUGUUGAAAUGCUGGUCAUCUCCUUUGCAAAGGACAGUCUCUGAAUUACACCUACAUACAGGUUCUUCUGGGACAAUGUCAAUACUAAUUAGCAACCUGGCAUGCCAACUAAGACUCAGACCACUUCAGCUUCUUGGGAGUACAAGCACUGAAUCUGAAGAUGGUCUGAUCUGUUGGCCUUAAAGAUGGUGGUGGGUCACCUAAACACUCAUGGGUUACAAAGCCAUGAAAACAAAAAUUAACAGACCUGUUAAAAAAAAAAAAAAAGGGGGGACUUGGAUUGUUCUUUAGAAAAAAAAAUAAAAAACGGCAUAAAUUAAGCUGAGAGACAGGGGUACCCAGAACCUCAAGAAAGUGCUACCUUAAGAGCAUUGAUUUUAGGGGUUAUGGGUGCUGAAAUGGCAUUUCCACUUUUUAACUUAGAAAAAAAGUCAACUACUAAACAUUUCACUUUCAUACUGUACAGUCAGUAACAAUUCACAAGGUAAUUGCACAGGUCUUUCAAAUAAAGGGGGGGAAAAAGACCAAGACAUAUUCUGAGAAAAGCUAACACCAAGAAAACGUUUUAAUUAAACUACAGAAACAAUGGUUAUAGUACAGAAUUUUCAUGAGCAAAAAGAUACACCAUGUUAUAAGUACUUACAAAGUUACAAACCAUUUUGCUUCCUUAACAUUUUCCAUAUUUUAAGUUCAUACAUGAAGAUGAUCAGAUAUACCAUUUUGGGGGAAGGGGGAAAAAAAGGUGUAUUUAUCAUCAGCUAGAUGUGCUCACUGUAUGCUCCGUUAUUUAUAUGCAAGGCCCGGGUGACUGGAAGUGCAGUUGUCAGGCAUUUUAAUAAACUGGACAGCCAUUUG